CCUUCCAUUCACAACAUUUACCCCGCCACUGUUCCAACAUUCUUUUUCAAAUUCCUACAUUUCCGCGAGAUUGCGAGGUACGCCUUCCCCUCGUCAUUCCAGGCGCUUGGUAAUAUUAUGUAUUAUUUUGCGGCGUGUGAGUGAGGCCAGGAGGGCGCCCCGGCUUCCCCUCCGGGCGAGGUCCGUGACAAAGGCGGCGACUGAGGUGGGUGGAACUCACGCGGGUCCGGCGGCGGUGUUCUGAGUGGCCAGGAUGGCAGAGUUGGCGCUGGUUGGGCCUCGCAAUGUGUCAGUCAGACCUAAAGACAAACUCCACGGUUCUCCCAGCACCGGUAGCGACGAGGGCCAAGACGUUGGCUUCGGGGAUGACUUCGACCCCUUUCACGACGACCCCGACGAGCCAGAUGAGGUGGACAGCUCGCUGUCUGCCCCCCCCGAGGAGAGUUGGUACCAUGGACGUUUGGACCGAGCACAAAGUGAAGAACGCUUACGGCUGUUUGGGAAACUUGGAAGCUACCUGGUACGAGAGUCUGACCGUCGGCCCGGAUCUUAUGUCCUUUCCUACCUUGGACGCUCUGGAGUAUCACACUUCAAGAUCACAGCAGUAUGUGGAGAUUUCUACAUUGGUGGUCGGCAGUUCAAUGCCCUGAGCGACCUUGUUGGUUACUACACGAGUAUGUCCGAUCUCCUCAAGCGGGAAAGACUAGUUCAUCCAGUUCCACCGCCUGAGCCUGUUAAUGAUCUGCGCAAAGUUGUAGCCAUUCUUCCAUACACUAAAAUGGCAGAUACCGAUGAAUUAUCAUUCCAGAAAGGAGAUAUAUUCUUUGUUCAUAAUGAACUAAGCGAUGGUUGGUUGUGGGUAACAGCUCAUCGUACUGGAGAACAGGGUACCAUAUUCUCAGACCUGGUGGAGACCCUGGAUGACGAUAUUGAUCCCAACGUUGUGUUCUCGUGGUUCCACCCAGACAUUACUAAGAGUGAUGCCAUUGAUCUUUUGAUAAAAGGCUGGACAGCUGGUCAGGGCAGUUUCUUGGUGCGUCCAAGUGACAACUCCCCAGGGGAUUAUACACUGUUCUUCCUCACCAACAACAUUAUUCAGAGAUUCAGGAUAGAGAAACGUGGUGUCAAGUACCUGAUGGGUGGGAGAACUUUUUCCUGCCUAGAUGCUGUGAUCAAUAGAUACAAAACUGAACAGAUUUUAGAAGGGCACACUUUAGGCAAUCCAGUUUGUAAGACUUCUGGGGAGAGGCUUGGUCUGCCCAUAGUUCCAGUUAAGGAAGUAGAACAGCCUGAGAAGAUUUAUGCUACUCUUAAUGAAAUAAGGGAAAAACUUGGUGUUACUAAAUUUAAAGGGAUCCAGAAACAAGGUUGGUUAUAUAAAAAGAGCAAAAAGAACAAGAAGUGGAAGUGCUUGUAUUUUGUUCUCACUGACAUCCUGUACUAUUAUGAUAAUCCAAAGCGCACCAAACCAAGAGGCCUAAUAGACUUGAACUGUUCCUACUUAUACCAAGUUCACGACAGCUUCUUUGAACGACCAAACUGCUUCCAAUUAGUUGAGAGGGAGCUGCCUUGCUUAGCUACUGUCACAUACUUGUGCUCGGACUCUCAGGAAAUGACCAACGACUGGAUGGCAGUUUUGCGGCCCCUUUGUGUUCCUCAGAUGGUGGGAGCGCCCAAGUUGCAAACUCUGAAAUUCAUGAAGUCUCUGCAUCUAACUAUUAUGCAGGCAACAAGAUUACCCUCAAAGAUUGUGCCCAGCCCCUACUGCCUUGUUUCUCUUAACCAGGUGAAAGUGUGCAGGACAAGACCAAAGCCUGGCCCUGAUCCUGUUUGGGAUGAAGAGUUUAUCUUGGAUGACAUUCCAUCAGAUGUUAUAAUGUUUACUAUCACAGUGUAUAACCAUGGGAAGCGCAGCAAAGAUUCAGAGGUGGCUGAGGUAAUGGUAGAGCUCAACAGUUUGCAAAACGGUGAAGAGGUGGAGGAAUGGCACCAAUUAACGGGUAUAACACCUGUUGGUGAAUGGGGUGCUGUCAGACUGAGAUACAGGUACUUCCAUGACUUAAUCAUGCCAUGUGAAGAAUACAACAGUUUAAAAGAACUUCUGCUUGAUCCAAGUCUGGAAGCUGUUCAAGCGCUUGCAGAUGUCUCUCACAGGGAUAGAAAUCCCUUAGCUACCUCUCUGUUGCGCAUAUUUAGGAAUGAAUGUCGUGAGCAUGACCUCCUCCAGCGACUAACAGAGCACGAGAUUGAGAGAGAACAUGAGACUAGUACCCUAUUCCGGGCUGCCUCUCUUACCACAACACUACUUGACCUCUAUAUGAAGUCAACUUGCACAGAAUUCCUGACAGAAGCCAUCUCCGAUACCAUACAUAGGAUCUUAGAAUCAAAGCAGUCAUGUGAGCUCAAUCCUACAAAAAUGGAUAACCCAAUGGAUGCUUGUGCCAAUGCCGAGUUCCUCCUGAAAGUCCUGGAUGACAUAACACAGAGUAUCUUCUCAUCCGCUGGGGCAUGUCCAAUGCCUUUGAGAUAUAUCUGUGGGUGUCUACAACGCAAAGUUUCUGAAAAAUGGCCACAAGAUCGUUUGGUUAAAACAAGAGUAGUCUCAGGUUUCAUAUUCCUGCGAUUAAUUUGUCCAGCAAUCCUCAAUCCUCGACAGUUUAAUCUCCUGCAAGAACCUCCACACCCUGUAGCAUCAAGGUCAUUGAUCAUGAUUGCAAAGUGCCUACAGAACUUGGCAAACCUGGUAGAGUUUGGAGGCAAAGAACAGUACAUGGAAGUUGUGAAUCCCUUCAUUCUCAAAAAUAAGGAACGUAUGAUCUGCUAUUUGGACUCCUUAUCGAAUGUUGGUGAGCGACCUGAAAUAGAGGAACAGCCAGUGAAGAGUGAGCCAUCGAGGGAUCUAGCACAGCUUCAUCACAUCUGUGUAACACACCUUGCAGAAUUAACUACAAAAGCCAAAACACAGGUAACUUUAAAGAAAUUAGUUACUGUGACAGAUAUGCUAAAGAAACACAAAGAGAAAUACCAGGAAAUGAUGAGGUGAUCCCCGCCCCCACCUGGCCCUGCAUAGAAUUAAUAUGCCACAGUGCCUAGGUGUCCCAAGGCGUUGCUGGCCGGCUCCUGCUCUUCUUGUAUGCCACAACGCAUAGGGGUCCUGAGCCAUCAUUGGACCACCCCUGGCCAUGCAGUGUGUUAUUGUGCCACAGUGCCUAGGUAUCCUAAAAUGCUGCUGGCCCCCUUCCUGUUCCACAAAGUGGUAGUGUGCCACAGUGCCUAGGUGGCUCAAGGCAUAGCUUAUACCUCUCCUGUUGUGCAAAGUAUGUGGAUUUUGACACGGAAGUGGUCUGAAUCACUACUGCUGCUGUCCUGGUUGAUUUGUGUUUUUGCAUCUCAGAAACCAGAUGUUCCAAGGUGUUCUAUCAAUGCUUGGAUAUACUGAACCAUUGUUGACUCCCUCACUCCAACAGGACAUCAGUACUGGAGCCUAGACCAUACAGAGCAGUUGUGGCUGAGGGUGGCAGAACAGUUGCCACAGUGGGAUGUGUAAUGUGGCCAAGACAACCUUUUAAGCUACAAUUUCAUUGUAUAUGAUGUAAAAAACAAACAAACAAACAAGAUAAAUUUUGAAAGUUUUGAUUAGUAUGAUGUAAGUUUUGAUAUUUUACUCAUACUGUGGGUGUGAAUGAUGUACAAGUGUUGUGGAUGUGACUCCUAAACAGUUAGCGUGUUGUCGGAAGUACUGCAUGUGGGUGCUAAACUUACAAGACUCACAGGAUGUGAGUGUGAUUGUAGGAUAACUCCAAACAAGAUUUACAGCCAGUAAGUGGUAUGUAGGCUGUUUUGAGUUGCACCAAUAUAAUCUACAACCAAAUGAUCUCACAAAUUCCCACCAGUUGCCUGUAUUUCUGAUUCCAUAUUUCUUGCUGUUAAAGAUGAGUGGAUAUUACUACUAUGUGGUUCAGGUGAUAGUAGAAAUGGCCUCCAUGUGACCUCAUUGUAAAUAUGACCUUUAUGUGGAUUUACCAGAGGUAGCCUUUGCUAUCAUCAUGCCCAUUUAAAAUCAUACAUAGCUGCUAUUUCCUCUAGGGUAUGUGAGACAUGAUUGGUUAAAAUAUACUGGACCAUGGUUGGCCUGACUUCCAUAGCUAUGUAAGGGUUUCUUUGAUAACCAUGUCAGUAGGCUCAUGUUAACCACUAUCUGUGGCCAGGUCAUGAGUUAACCCUUCCAUUCUAAGGAUUUACCCUUGUGAAAGAGAGUCCAGUGUGAAAAGUCAUGUACCAUUAAUGCUAUGAUAUGGAGUAGUAGUAUCAUAACUUAAGUCAUCCUGGGGAUGGGUAUAAUAAAAGAUUCAGUAAGAAUGUCAGUCAAUUUUCUGAGCAUGAGGUUUGUUUCCUUUGACUGGAAAGGAUUAACGUAUAAUUUGUGGUAGAGGUUAUUUUAUUUGAUUUUUUUCUUUCAUUUUUUUUCAGUCAAAAAAUAUUUUGAUCUUUAUAUCUAAUGCUGCUUUUAUCAUCCAUGUCUCAAAUCUUCUGAGUGUGAAAAGAAAUAUUAAUGAAAAGCAUGAAAUAUUACCGAUGAAGCUUAAUCAUGUCAGUAUAAUGAACAGUCUGAAUGCCAUAUUUUGUAAAAGACUGCAAACUAAGUAAGCUGUAAUGGUCUUUAGAAUUUACAGUAUAUACCGAGUGCAGUGUCAGUUGAUAAAUAUAUUCAGCUAGCGCAGUUUACACGUUAGUAAUUUGGAAAGUAUAUGCAUGGAGUGACCCUUCUUGAGGGGAAAGUUGAAAAGAAUACAUUAAUACUAAGUGAAACUUUAAAACUAAAUUUUGAAUUGCAUGAAAAAAUCUCCAAAUCUCCAGUAUAUUUGGAAGGCAAGGAGUGUUUUCAUUUUAUGACUUUAGGUGGUUCAGCAAAAAAAUUAAGAUUUUUGUAUAGCUAAUGGUGCUAACUGGAUAGUUGGGUUCUUCCACUGUUUCCUUAUGUCAGGUACCAUUGAAAAGAUGUGCCAUGUCUCUUAUGUUGUGUACAGUUGGUGGAGCUGAAGAUGGUGGAUGAGUGCUGUUGCUUUGUGUUGCUAGUAUACUGUGCUGGUCUGCUGGAUGGUCCUUGUAUUGUUACUAUUUUAUACUGUUCUGCUGGACAAAACUGCUGACCUGCUCUAUAAUCAGUAUGCUGUGUACUGCUUUGUUGGAUGGUCAGUAUACUGUUCUUUUUUUUUAGAUGGUUAGCAUACUUAUUUGUUGAUCUGAAUGGUCUGUAUAUUGUACCAAUUUGUUGAACAGUAUGUAUGCUGCAUUAUUCAGUGAAUGAUCAGUAUACUGAUAUUUUAUAAGAUGGCCAGUAUACUGUUCUGUUCUGUUUGAUGUCAGUAUGCUAUACCUUUCUUUUGGAAAAUCAGCAUAGUUUAAAAUGGUCAGUAUACUGCUCUGUUUUGUAGUUGUCAGUAAAAAUAUUUUUUUCUCAUGAUCAUUAUACUCUGUUCUUCUCUUUAAUGGUCUAUAUGCUUUUCUUUUCAAUUAUAUUGUCAUUAUAUUGCACUGUUUUUAUAAUGGACAGUAUAAUAUUCUGCUUUGUUAACAAGGUGUUCAGUAUAUUGGUCCAAGAACUUACAACUUGCUACACAACUUUUAUUCAUAUUAUAGAUGACUAUAUAUAUAGAUAUAGAUAUAUGUGAAUGCCUUGUCUAGUCCAGGCCAAGAGUCCUCAAGAGAAAUAUAUAUAAACUGCGUAUCCCAGUGGCCAUAAUCUGUAAGUGAUUUCAAGUUACUUAAAGGCUAAUUUUAUAAAUCAGGCAUCUGGGAUGUGUAAGAGACCUUUUGGGAUAGAUUAUGCUAGGAUUCAUUGUUUAUAUAAUAGAAGGAAAUGGAUGAUUUGUAUGGACCAAGUCCACAGUUUGCUGUGCAGAUUAAAGCAAUGAAUAGACCCUUUGAUAAAACAGGACGAUGUUAGUGGGAGACGAAAAAAAAGAUCAUUGCUCAAGUCUUUGCAGUUUAAAGAUCUAUUGAAAUGAUGUUAAGAAUAGUCAGGGGUGGUCUGGAUAAAGGAUCAGAGGCUCUGGUUAUUUAUUUAUUUAUUUUUGUGUCAAACCAAUUUACUGCUUUAUUAAAACUAUGAUAUAUAAUUCAUAUAAUAAUCACUACAGCAGACCAAUGAAUCAGUUGAUAACCAGAAGGUGUGAUAAAAUAUUUUUGUGAUGGUAUUUGAAAAGGUCACCAAAUGUGAGUUUAAUAUGUGGUAUAUUUUUAAGUUUUAUGAUUUGCACUCUAGGGGGAAGAAAUUUGUUCAAAUCCAAUGAUUGGACUAGGAUUAGUUUCUUCAUUUUCUGUGAACAUGACAUUUGAAUCAAGAAUUAAAAAGUAAUUGACAAGAUUGAACCAAGUAUUGUAUAGUGAUGGAAGACGUACAAUAUCCAUCCUAAAAAAAAGCACAAGGAACUUAAAACAUUGAUUAUUUUUAGUAUCGAAAUUUGCUGUUAUCAUAGUAAGUCAUUGUAAAAGGUAAGAGAAAGAAAAAAAAUGGUUUCUCUCAUGAAACGGUAAAUUCUGGUAAGCACAAAGUUCCAGAAUCAUUAAAACAGUUUUAUACUUUUUCAUCAAAAGCAUGAAAGUAUUGUGUAUAAGCAUGUGUCAUAUUCUAUAACCCAAAUCUAGUUUUGAGUGAAGGUGUGUGUGAUUGCCUUAAUAUCUAAAAGUUAAUUGAAUAUUCCCAGCCAAACAAAAUGGUAUUAUUUGUAAAGAUUUGAAAUUAUAUUCAUAAUACAAAUGAACAAGCAUUCCAUAAUUCUCAGAAAGGUUGACUUACCUGGUGAGUUAGUGGGCUGUAAUGACUCAUUGAAAGUGAUUAUAAUUAUACCAGUAAUUAAUAAUUGAUUGCUGAUUUAUGGAUACAGAAAACAGUAAAACAAGUUAGGCUGAUCAUUAGUAUUGGUACUUAACCAUCACCAUGAUAUGGAUAACAUUUAAGAAAAACAUAUAUCCAGUGUGGCAGAUAUUUCAUUCUUACAAGCUUAAUCUUUUGGCCUAUAUUUUUCUCAGAUAAUAUUGCUGUUGACUUGACACUAAAUCUUUUUUGAUAACAGUAUUAGCAAAGUUUAUAGGAGAGUCAAAAGAAAACUACUGUACCCUUUAUUCAGUAGACAAUGUUCAUAUUCAAAGAUAGCUUUUUUGUAUUGUUUGUAUAGGAUACUUUUUAUUAUAGUUAUUUGUGUGGUCAAAAUUAUAACAUUUUGUAAUGUGAAAGUAAACUAGGAGGAUCCAUAGAGAGAUAUUUAGGGAAUGUAAUAAAUCUCAUGUCUGUAACACACUGCCAAUGAUAUGCUUCUGUUCUUGCUCUUAUUUUAUAAAAUGUUAUUUUAUUUGACUUGUUAUAACUGUUUAUUGUGCCCAUAUUUUUAUAUGCAGAAUUAUGAGUUUUACUUUUUAGCUUUUUUGAACAUGUUACAGUAAAAUUCAUUAUUCAAGAUCUUCAUAUUCUGAAGUGAUAAUUGCUUGCUAUUCUUUCAUGCCAUAUUUAACAUUUACAGGUGUGAAGGUUUUCAAAAGAAAAAGCUCGAGAAUAUCUGUUUAGGAAAGUGCCAUGAAUCUUUAUUCAUGCAAGAUGUGUAUGACACAGUGCAUGAACUUUAUUUCAGAAAUAAUCAGAUUAUAAUGGUAAAAACAAAAAUAAAAAUAUUUUUGUGGGGAUAUCUAAAUUAACACUACUAUAUCAUGGUUUGCUCAGCCUGAUAAUAGGACCAAGAUUAAUUUAUGUUUAUACAACAAGCCAACUUUAUAUUUAAGUUUUAAUAAGAAUAUAUCCUUUUUUUUAUUGGGAAUUUAUAGUCCAAUAUUUAUUUACCUUAAUAAAAAUAGAUAAAGUCAUGCUCAUGGUUUACAGCAACUGAGCCAUAUUAAUGUAAAAAACAUGAUUAAAGUAUGUGAUAGAAAUAGCUGUUAAGUAGAAAACUGGAUUAUUUAUGCAUAUUCAGUUAGGUUAUUUUCAACUAUUCACAAAAUAUGCAGUGGAGGAAAGAUUACGUAACAUGAGACUGGCAUGUAUAAUGUAGCAGACAGUAUUUACUGUACCACCAGAUAAAGGGUGUUCAUUCAGUAAUUGUUGGCAUAGGGCCAGGCUUCUCAAUUGGCAACUUGAAACACACAUUCUGUAAGUACGUUUUGUGUACAAAUUUUUGAGGUUAUAGUUUUCGAGGUAAUGGCUCAGUAUAUGUGAGCUGUCUUCUCCGACCCUCUGCUGAGUUUGUGCCAUUUAAUCACAGAGAAAAUUGUAAUCAGUUGCUGAGCCAAAUUGACAAGUAAAUGUUUGUUUGGUUCUAUUGUGUAGCACAAUAAGAGUUCUUUGUUACUAUUUACUGCUCCUGAUUAUGUUGAUCUAGGUUCUAUAGGUAAAAUAUUUUUGUGAAUUUAUAGAAUGUAAAAAAUCAUUUCAGUCAUUUGUUAUUGUUUAUACAAUGAUGCUUUAACAAUAUGAUAUUAGAGUGUUUUGA